UUCAUCACCCACGAAUUUCCCCCCUUCUGUUGAUGCGUCUAUAGCCUGCCCGCAAUAAUACGAUCUUUCUCUGUGUUUGUCCGUUUAAUCCGUCGAGAGUUUCGAAACCAUGAAGGUCCAUCCAGCUCCCAAGAAGCGAAACAUCACGUUUCGGUAUGAUAUCAAUUCGAGCCUCUCUCAAGCAAACAGGGUGAUGAGUAGGCAGAAGAAGCUCCGUCGACUUCCUCACAUAUUCAGUAGGGUCUUAGAGCUCCCGUUCCACUCGGACGCCGAUGUCUUGGUUGAAGAGAAUUCCGACUGUUUCCGCUUCAUCGUAACAACAGACGAUGUUGGCGAUGAUGUCAGAGCACACGCUAUUGAGAUAUACCCUGGAGUCACCAAGAUUGUGAUCAGUGGCAGAAACGUUCUUGAAUUGUCUCUGGACGAACUUGAGCUCGACCUUUGGAGGUUUAGGCUUCCACCUACCACCAUGCCGGAGCUUGCCCGCGCAGUUUACGUCGACGGUGAACUAAUUGUGACAGUCCCAAAAGGUGCGAAUGCCAACAACCCUGAUGGUACCAAUGAAGAAGUUUGGGAAGAAGGACUGGGUCGUCUUGUCCUUGUACAAUGAUGCCUUCUUCCAUUCCUGUGGCUUCAAGUUGCAAUUUCUUUCACGCUUGUUAAUGGAACUCAUUCUGUAUGCUUGCUGGUUGAAUUAAGAAAUUGCCUUUAAUUA